AUGUCUGGUUGCUUCACCCGUUUUAAUGCCAAAUUGGACAAACAAGACGCCAGACUAGAGUGUUGUUUAGUUUCAAAGGACAAAAAACGAAAGAAUUGUCAAAGCGGAUUGUCGCCACCUCUAGUUCUUGCUGUAAAGAAUCCAGCCUUCAUAGCUACCAUCCAAGUCUCUACAUCAAGCAAGACUGGAGGACACUUACAAGUGAAAAAAGGGUUGCUCUAUGUAGCUCUAUUCAUCUCCUCGCGUGAUAUUGCUACUAAUAUGCGAAGAAUCUCAAAUGUGAUUGUACCGAUCGCACUCUGGGGAUUCAAAACCGAAUUGCUUCUUCCAAAAGAGGAUGGUUAG